AAAUAGCAAAUCUUUUAGCUUUGUCACAAGAAUUGGUAUAUUAUGGGGGAAGAAACAAAUGGAGUAGCAAGAAUCCAUGAAGUAGACAAAGCUGAGUCUCAAGCUCAAGAAGAUAUAUGGAAGUAUAUGUUUGGUUUUUCUGAAAUGGCUGCAGUAAAAUGUGCUAUUGAGUUGGGAAUACCUGAUUUAUUGGAAAACAAUCAAGAAGCCAUCACAUUAAAUCAACUGUCAUCUGCACUUGGCUGCUCUUGUUCUAAUUUUCUCUACCGCAUUCUGAGGUUCUUGAUUAAUAGGGGAAUAUUCAAAGAAGAAUCCACAGGACAUGGCGAAAUAGGUUAUGUCCAAACACCUCUUUCUCGUUUGUUGAGGAAAGAUGGAGAAAAUAGCAUGGCUGCUCUUGUCCUACUUGAAGCUAGCCCAGUGAUGCUCGCGCCAUGGCAUUUUUUGAGUGCCCGCGCUCUGGCAAAAGGGAAUACUGCAGCAUUUAGUGCAGUUCAUGGUAAGGAUGUGUGGGAGUAUGCAGAAACCAAUCCAGAGCACAGCAAGCUGAUCAACGACGGCUUGGCGUGCCAUGCACGGGUGGCAAUCCGUGCCAUCAUCGAUAGUUGUCCAGAAAUAUUCAAAGGGAUAGAGACUUUAGUUGAUGUUGGUGGAGGUGAUGGAACAACUAUUAGUCUGUUGGUGAAAACAUUUCCUUGGAUUAGUGGGAUUAAUUUUGAUCUUCCUCAUGUUGUCUCUGUUGCUCCUCAUUGUCAUGGUGUUCAACAUGUUGCAGGAAAUAUGUUUGAUUCUAUUCCCAAAGCAGAUGCUGCUUUCCUCAUGUCAGUCUUACAUGAUUGGAGUGAGGACGAAUGUAUUCAAAUCUUGAAAAAUUGCAUAAAGAUUAUCCCAAAAGACACAGGAAAAGUGAUAAUGGUGGAAGUAGUGCUUGAGAAAGAAAAAGGAGAAGGAAAUGAAAAGCUCAAAGAUGUUGGUUUUAUGCUGGAUAUGGUAAUGAUGGCUCACACAACAAAUGGAAAAGAAAGAACUGCCAAAGAAUGGGCUCAAAUUUUGACUGCAGCUGGAUUCAGUAGUCAUUCUAUUAAGCACAUCAACGCAAUUGAAUCUGUUAUUUUGGCUUAUCCUUGAGCUGUAUCAGUUCUCUUAUAAUUUGUGUUUCAAUGUUAUUCCAGUUCUCAAGAUUGUAGUUUGGUUUGGCUUUUUAAUAUUUGGUUUGUUUCUUCUAUUUAAGCUGUAUCAUAUAUGUAAAAAUACGUGUGCGCUCUUGCUAUAUUAAUUAAUAGGUUGAAACCAACCUGUCUUAAUUAUGACA